AUGUCUGUUCAAUACACCAUUAAUUUCCUUAAUCAACAAAAGAGUACCAACACGUACUCACUUUUCAUGCAACCUCCAAGUUCCGACUUCUCUACCGCUGUCUGGAGAAAGGAAGUCGUUCCUGACGGUGGAAGCUUUCAAAUUGUGUUGACACCCGACAUCUAUGCCUGGGUAGGAACUGCUCCAAAGGAGGUUGCUACUGGUGUCGUGAUUGGCAGGGGCCAGGGAAAGCUCGCAAUUCUCGGUACGGAUAAAGCCAAAGGAUCCACCUUCAAUGCGGUCGCCAAGAAAGGUGCCAUUAGUAUGCAAGAUGGCACUGCGGCUGCUGGGCCAGGUAAUUACCAAAUUGGUGUUGACCCGUAUCAGCCUGAUGGUACUGUGUAUCUUUUGGGCAUGGCCCAACUGGACAGCCACAAAAUCCCAAGCCCUGUUGCGUCGGUAACUGCCACCCCGAAUCUGACCAAAAAUGUCCAACCGAUUUAUAAGUUUUUUAUUGCGCAACAAACCCAUGAACCUCGUGAGAUUGUCGAUUUCAACGGCAUUUCUAAAAAUGCUGGGGUUGUCGACUUUAGUCAGGGCGAGGGUCUUACGAAACACGUGGCCACUGUAUACCACCAAGCAGAUGGCAGCUUCAAAACCGUGUAUGAUUUUACAUUUUAA